UGGCUGUCAUGUCAUUUGAAACGUCAAAAUGAUAAAGUGAAGCCCAAGCACUUUUUUAAAAUAUUUAAUGAAUUUUCGUGUUUCCUAAAUAAAUCAUUUUGCUAAAUAUUUCCUAUUCUUAUUAUUAUUAUUAUGAGCGAUAUAAUUAUAAAAUCAGAAAAUGAAGACAACGAUGAUAGCAAUGAUUCCCUUAGUGCAUUGACCACACUUUUAAAAGAAGUAAAAAAAGAGGAACACCCAGAAGUGUUGUCUGACAAUGAAACACAAACAGAAAAUAACAAGGGCAGCGAAACUUUACCUGAGAGCUUCUUUGACGAUUUAUAUCGGGACGAGUUAGAAGCUGGUCCUGCAGAAGCCACUACCGAUGCAGAUAUUGCAAAAUUGCAAGAAAUUAUUGCCAGAAAGAAGAGAAUUCUUCAUGAUGUUAGUGAAGAUGUUGAAGGAGGUGAUGGACCAUUGGACAACAGAUGUAAGCGCAAGGACAAAACAAAUGAUGGAGACAAACAAAGUGGCAACGGUGCUAAACGUUCACGAACAACUUUGGACACUUCAGAAGAUGCCCAUCCAAAUAAUAAUGCCGACGAAGGAAUUGAUCAAAAUAACACCACUCAGCCAUCAUCUUCGUCGGCAAAUGAGUGCCCUGAGCCAAGUGAAGAAGCUGCUGAUCCAGAAAUGGAAUUAGAGAAACUUCUCAAAACAGAAGACUACUAUUCAAAUGAAGAGGUAUCGAAUCCCAAUCAAAAUAUACAAUUUAGCAACAACAACAUGCAACAAAUGUAUGGAUUCCCUAAUGGAAUGGGAAUGAUGCCAACAAUGUACAAUCCAGGUGCAACCCAAAUGAUGGGUAAUAUGCCCCCAGGAGGUUAUCCAAUGAUGCCUAAUAUGGGAUUCCCUCCUGGGUUCUACCCACCGAAUAUGGUCAAUAUGCAAAUGAUGGGCUAUGGAUUUCCACAAAUAAAUGUUCCAUCCAAUAAUAAUGAAGUUGAAUGUCUUCCAGUAGACACCAGUGCGGGAUUACCUAAAAUUACAUUCAAAAAAAUUAAAUUAGAAAAAAGUGUAGAUAAAACUGUCCCUCCAGCUGAGGAUCCUAGGAAAAAAGAAACCUUCAAUGGGAACACCACGUCUGAUAAAUCCCCAUCAACCAGUGCAGCUCGCAUGCGAAGGCUUCGUGAAAAGCGGAAGGCUGACGAUCCACAUUAUGUAAGUAAUGAGACCAAGAGAAUUCGUGAACUUCGAAAAAAACAACGAGAGGAAGCUCCAUUACACGUUCUAGAAGCAAAAAAAAAAGCUGAAAGAGACAAAAAGAGAAUGCAGAGAGCUAAGAAACGGGCUGAAAAAUGGAGCAUUGAUAAAAAUCCUUCACUUUCGACAAGUACAAUAACUCUAUUUGAAACAAAAAACACAUUGAAUGAGGACAUCAACAAAGCCGUUGCAGUAUUACCAAAAUGUCCACGAAAGCAGAAAGAAGUCGUCACGGAACUCGCACAACAAAUGAAUAUUGCCUUAUUAGCAGAUGAACAAAAGGUUAGACUGUCAGGAGUUGGGGAUAUACAGUAUGAAGUUGUGAAAAACUUUUACUAUCGCUCUGAUAUUGUGUACACUUGUCCAGGUGAAAAUGACGUUGUCGUUUAUUGGGAAGAUGGGAUAAAAAAGAAAUCCCAGAAGCAUUAUUUAAUUGUUUACUUGCGAGAAGCAUUCAGUAUUUUCAAAGAAUUCCAUCCUGAUAUUGAAAUUCAAUUUUCAAAGUUUUGUAGCUUGCGACCUAAAAACGUUUUUCUUAUGAAAGAUACACCUUCAGAGCAUUGUAAGUGUGUUAUACAUGAAAACUUUAUCCUCAAAUUAAAAGCACUUAAGAUAGGUUAUUCAAACGAUUGGUGGGGUAAAGUAUUAUGUGAUCCCCAAAUGGAUUCCAAAUGUUGGAACAAUGAAUGCGACGAUUGUUCAAAUGGUAAAAAAAUAUUCGUUCCAGACCUGAGUCAGAUUUGCUUUUGGAAAGAGUGGAAGAAAACUACCGAUAAAAAGUUACGUUUGUCAAUCCAUGAAACGUGUGCGGGUGAGCUUCUUGAAAUGCUUAUUAACUCGAUGCCUUCUGUAAUGAGUCAUGUAAAUUUAAAGAGAAUACAAGCAUUUGAGUUCCAAAUAGAUAAACUCGACGAAAAUGUUCGCGUUCUUCAGGUGGAUUUCGUUAUGCCUUUUAGCUGUGAUUAUCAAAAUGAAGUUCAAAGUGUACAUUGGUCCAAAUCCAGUGUACUUUUAUUAACAGCAGCCAGUUUCUAUCGAGGCCAAUGUAAAACAUACAUUGUAUGCUCUGAUACCAAAGCUACAGACAAAGACACUGUAUAUGUUUUCUUAAAUAAGCUUUUCCAACUUAUGAAUGAAGAAACAGAAGAACCAACAUCUGAAGUAAUUUGGAGUGAUGGUCCUUCAUCUGAGUUUAAAAAUAAGUUUAUGAUUAAAUUGAUGACAACUCUUAGCGAAAAAUAUAAAAAAAAUAUAUAUUGGAAAUAUUUUGCAUCAUCUCACGGAAAAAAAAAUAUAGAUGGAAUAGGAGGAAACAUAAAAAGGCUAGUGAGACAAUAUACUAUGAAUCAAGAUAAAAAUGUAACUGUUCAAUCAGCUAAAGACUUUUCCGAACUAUCAUCAGAACUAGUGCCGGAAACUCGUGUUAUUUACAUUCCAUCCUCAGAAAUAGCCGAAACAAUAACUACUGAAGAACCAUGGGAUAAUGUUAAAGCGGUACCAGAAAUAUCUAAUAUCCAUUGGAUUGAAGCAAAUGGCAAAUCUGUGAAAUGUAAAAAAAACUGUUUGUCCGAGGAGAUAACUGCAAUUUUAUACUGACUUUUUUCAUCAUUCCAUGUAUGUGCAAUAAAUUUUUAAAGAAAUAAAAAAAAAUUUGUU